CUGUCAUUACUUUUUGCCACUUUUUAGUUUUUCAUUUUCCAGUUUCCGUUUUGGUGUUCAUUUUUGCCAACUUUUUACGGGGCAUUAUCAUGGAUGCGACCCAUUCGAAUGCUGCGACAGCAGUAUCACGCAUAGCGGACGGAGCGCGGGUGAUUUUCCAGAGGAAAGACUGGUCGAAGGAAUGCGUGGUGGGAAGUGGCAAGUUCCUGAUGAUUUCCAAAAUGAAGACCCGCACCGAUGAGAUUGUGGGUCUACCGUAUGGAUGCCUGGUUGAGUGGAAUAAGCAGGAAGGAGUUUUCCAGCGCGUUGACAAGGACGACGAUGAGGACGACAUCGAAGAUUACGGUGAAGAAGACGGUGAUAAUCGCAAUCUGGUGGACGACGGCAGUGCGCAGUCGUUAACAUUGGGCGAGAUUUCGGCGCUGAAAUCCAGCGGUGUGACAGGCAUGGAGCUGAUUGGGAAUUUAGUCAAGAACAGCAGCACCUUCGGCCAGCGCCAGGAAUAUUCCAAAGAGAAAUACGUCCAAAAGAAAAAAGACAAGCAUAUUUACCGUUUUCGCGUACUGCAGCCCACACUGCGGUUAGUGUGCGAGGUGUACAACUGCCAGCGUUCCCAGAAAAUCAAUCAUCUGCGUGUGGAUACUCUGGCCAUGAUGCUGUCCUUUGCCAAUAUUCGGCACGGCUCCAAUGUGGUGGUGGUGGAUGGAUCGCAGGGAAUUUUAUUAGCGGCGGCACUGCAGCGCACAGGCGGUGCGGGACGAAUCGUGCAUAUCCACUCGGGACCGCAACCAGUAAUACCGGCGUUUGAUAUGUUUGGAUUUGAUGAGGAAUGGCUGAAAUCCAUACACCAUCUAUCGGUGGAUAAUCUGGAAGUGCUCAGUUCCAAUGUCCGUAUCCUAUCCUCUUCGGUCGUGCCCGCCGCCGAACCGGAGCCAUCUCCACCGUUCAAACGACGGAAACUGAGCGAUCCGCAAGCGGAAGCGGUUCGGUUCAUCCAGAAUACGCCUAUGGAUUCAUUAAUCAUGUCCACCCGUCUGCACCCGAAAUCCAUCCUCCUCUUUCUCCUGCCUUUCCUGAGAUUAUCCGGUAAUUUUGCCGUGCAUCACGCCUACCGGGAAGUCCUGGUGGACACCUUCAACGCGCUACGCACCCUGGGCAGUUGCGUGCGCAUCUGUCUGAACGAGACGUGGCUGCGCUACUACCAGGUCCUGCCGGAUCGGACCCAUCCGGAGAAUAACAUGAACGGCAGCGGCGGAUACCUGCUCAGCGGAACGGUGGUGGAGCGGGACGCCGUGGGGGAUAAAAGCGCCAAUCUGGAUGCGCUGAUGGAAGACUUAGUCCAGAUAUGAUUAAGUCCGCUUGACAGUAAUAGGUUACGAGCGAAUGAUUCCUCGGCGGCGGUUGUUGUUGGGUGGGCAAAGAAGCUGAUGGAACCUGGUUAAAAAAUUGACAUUUU